UAAUUUAUUUCAAAUGUUAUACAUAUAAAAUGUUAUAAUAUUUUAAAGAAAGGCAUCAAGAAGCGAAUCUGAAAGAAAUUUUUGCACUUCUACCGGUAAUACAAAAACAAAAUAAUGCUUUCUUCCGCUUUCCUCUCUUGCUUAUACUAUGGAAGUGUACUAUGGCCGCUAAAUUAGAGUGUAAACAUAAUAAGAACGACAAGCAAAAAAAGUAUAUUUUUAAAUAAUCUAAACCACAAGUUUAAAAAAGGAAACAAAUAUAGCUGACUUUCCUUUAUAGAUUCAAUUUGAUAAAAUACAAUUUCCGAAACAAAUUUCUAUAUAUUAAGCUUUGCAAUAGUAUAAAUUAAAGACUUCGCUAUCGCUUCAAUUAUGUUUAUUAAACAAUAACUUGUUGCUGCUUUUUUGAAAGGGAAAAUUAAAUUCUCUCAGUAUAUAUUGAGUGAUAGACCUACAUCCAUACAAAUUAUUAUUCAUUGACAAAGAAAUGUAUGCUACACUUGGUACUAUACCAGAGACUACUGAAAAAGCUCACAUAUAUAUAUAUAACUUUUAAGUAAAUAAUUUAUUUUAACGUUAUUUUUUUGUAUAUAUUUUUUAGAAUUAAUACAAAAUUUCAAAGUUAAUUUUAAUAUCAAACUUCUAAAUUAAAAAAAAUCUAAAAAUGCAAAUUUUACAAAGAAAUCUAUUAAAAUUAAUGAGAAGAAAUUUUACCAACCCUACGUUAUUAGACUCCAUGAACAAAAUUUCAGCAUUAGAGAAGAAAAAUUUUAGUUGUAAGAAAAAAACUACAAAAAUUAAAACCAAGCAAAAACUUUUGAAAUUUCCUGCUCUUAAACUUGAAGAAACUAUACCGAAGUUUUUAAAAACUGUACAACCACUUUUAACUUGUGAAGAAUUUGAGGAAGCUAAAUGUCUGACGAAUGAGUUUGCCACAGGAGAGGGGGCAGAACUGCAAAAGCUUUUAGAAGCUGUAGCUAACAAAGAACAGAAUUGGUUGGCACCAAGAUGGUUAAAAGUUGCUUAUUUAGCAUAUCGAGAACCAGUUACAGUUUACUCAAGUCCCGGCAUGACAUUUCCUUUAAUCAAAUUCAAAAACAAAGAUGAAUAUUUUAUGUAUACAGCAAAAUUAAUAAUGGCUUUAAUCAAGUUUAAAAAACUGGUAGAUGAUGGCAAAAUGCCCAUAGUAAAAAUGGGUAAAAAUGAAUUGGAUAAUUCCCAAUUUGGUGCCGUUUUCGGAACCUGUCGCAUACCUUUAACUGGUAUAGAUGGUUUGGAAUAUUAUCCAAAGUCGGAGCAUGUUACUGUUAUACAUAAAAAUUAUUUUUACAAGCUUCCCGUUUAUAAUAGAGAAGGUAAAAUUUUAAAUGCUGAUGUUUUAUGCAAACAAUUAAAAACUAUAAGCAAUUGUGAUAAAGACUUUGGACCACCCAUAGGCCUAUGUUCUACCGAUAAGCGGGACAAUUGGGCUAAAGCUUAUAAACAAUUAAUAGAAUCCCAUGUUAAUUGUAAAAAUAUUAAAAUUAUACAAAAAUCUUUGUUUACCAUAUCUUUGGAUCAAGAAGUACCAUUUGAUGAAGAAAAUAAAUAUGUUAUCCUUGGUCAGCAGUUAAUACAUGGAGGUGGUGCAAAACAAAAUAGUGCUAAUAGAUGGAUGGAUAAAACCAUACAAGUAAUUGUCAAUCCUAAUGGCAUGAGUGGUUUUUGUUAUGAACAUUCACCCGCAGAGGGACAGCCUAUUGCCAUGAUGACCGAUUAUGUAACUAAAAUUUUACCCAAAGAUUCCGAAUUUAAAGAUGGCGUUUCAGAUAACUAUGAAUGCUUUUCUAAAAUAGAAGUAACUGAUCCAGCGAAUGGUAUGAAAGAUAAAUUUAAAUUAGCAGAACAAAAUAUUAAUGCUUUGGCCUGUGAUAUGGAUCUGUAUAUAAAACAUUAUAAGAUCUAUGGUAAGGAGUUCUUAAAGCAACAAAAAUUAAGUCCAGAUAGUUUUAUACAAAUGGCUUUGCAAUAUGGUUUUUACAAACUACAUAAAUCGCCUGCUGCUCAAUACGAAUCGGCACAUUUACGUAUUUAUUAUGGUGGACGCACUGAAACUAUACGCUCCUGCUCUAAUGAAUCUUUGGCUUUUAAUAAGGCCAUGUUAGAUCCGCAAGGUUGUGAUGAAAAUCGUUUACUAUUAUUGCGUGAAGCGGUAAAUGGUCAUCGUAAUUAUACUAAUAUGGCCUUGCAGGGACAUGGUGUAGAUCGCCACUUACUGGGUUUGAAACUUAUGGCGAUUGAAAAUAAAAAACCUAUACCAAAAUUUUUCUCCUCCAAAGCUUUUGUCAAAAGUUCACAUUUUCGUAUAUCGACUUCGCAAGUGGCCACCGGCAAUAAAGCUUUUAUGUGUUAUGGGGCCCCAGUUAAAGAUGGCUACGGCUGCUGUUAUAAUCCGAGAAAAAAUGAUAUGUUUUUAGCUUGUUCUGGUUGGAAAUCGAAUAAGGAAACAAAUGCCAAAGAUUUUGCUGAAUGUAUAAGUGCCGCUUUGGAUGAAAUGCAUGAAUUGUUGAAAAAAUCAAGUGAAAAGAAAUGCUAGUGAAGAGUUAACAGAAACUCUCUAUAAAAUUUUCAAAUUAUAACUUGUAUAGGGUAUUUAAUUAUUCAUAACACAUUCAUUAUUACAGGUUUAUUUCAAAUGUGUAAAAACCCUCUCUUUAUAAUUACUAUCUCCCACAAACACUCUUAAAACUGAGAGAGCAUUUAAAGAGAAACUUGUUUAAAUUUGAUCGCAAGUUGCAUGCAUUUGUUUUUUAAUUUUUAAAAUAAAAAAACAAUCUUACUAGUCCAUUGAUACCAGUUCCCUAACUAGUUCGGUAUUUUGAUUACGUGGUUAACUUUUUUAUUUUCUUUACUUUUAUUUCAAUAAAUUUUCUGUGCUUCUUGUACCAAUUAUUGCGAUAACAGCACACACAGUUACUGGA